AUGUACACAUUUGCACCAUCUUAUCAAACCAUCAAAAAGAUUCACCGGUCGCCGCCGUCUCCUCCCACCCAGUACUGUUGCAUUUCCAUAGUUUGCAUUAUGACAAGAGCUUUUUCACCCUACUUUGAUCCCGAAUUUGAUUCUCUUUCAGAAAGGAUAAACGGCCCACCUUGCAGAGUGACCUUUGACAAUGAAAGCUUAGAGGAUCGUACCAUCGUGAAGAUUGAUUGUGUAAAGAAGCAAGGGCAACUCCUGGAUGUGGUGCAGGUUUUAACUGAAGUCAACUUAACUAUCUCAAAAGGCUAUAUAUCUUCUGAUGCCGGAUGGUUCAUGGAUGUUUUUCAUGUUAAAGAUGAGAAUGGCAAGAAAGUUACUGAUCAAAAUAUCAUCAACUACAUCCAGCAGGCUAUAGGAUCGAAUCGGGCAGCUGCAUCAAAUAUCACAACUCAAACAAGAAAACUUCUUGACACCGAUCUACAUGGAGAACCAACAGCUAUUGAAAUGACAGCAACGGAUCGACCCGGUUUAUUUUCCGAGAUAUCAGCAGCCUUAGCUGAUCUCCAAUGCAACAUUGUUGAAGCCCAUGCAUGGAGCCAUAAUGCCCGUUUGGCUUGUGUAGCCUACAUCAAUGAUCAAUCAUCAGAUACUCGUAUUGAUGGAAACCGCCUUGCAGCCAUUGAACAUCACCUGAACACCAUCCUGCAUGCCUCUAUCACACCAGAAAACACUUGCCCACAGUCCUCAUCACAACACAAAGAUGUUAAAUCCACUGGCCUUAUAGUUGCAGGUGGUAGUGAAGGCACCAUGACCACUGUUGAAAGGCGGUUGCAUCAACUCUUGCUUUCAGUUCAAGACUUUGAUGUGCCGCCUACAAGGCCGGAAUGUCCUCCUGGGAUCUCACUUGGAAUGGAUUCUGGUGGUGAUCAAGAGGCUGAAAAGGCUAGUGUGAUGAUAGAGAAUUGUGCUGAGAAGGGAUAUUCGAUAGUUACAGUGCAAUGCAAGGAUAGAAGAAGACUUAUGUUUGAUACGGUUUGCACACUUGCAGAUAUGCAAUAUGUCAUCCCUCAUGCUUCUGUGGAUUCUCAUGGAGGCUAUGCCUUUCAGGAGUACUUUGUGAGAAAGAUCGAUGGAGGUGCAUUGAGCACUGAGAGUGAGAAGCAGCAUGCUAUGAAAUGCCUAGAGGCCGCAGUGGAGCGUCGCGUAUGUGAGGGAAUCCGGCUAGAAUUAUGUGCAAAUAACAGGGUAGGGCUGCUUUCAGACAUAACAAGGGUUCUUCGGGAGAAUGGGCUAGUUGUAUUGAGAGCAGAUUUAGCAACGAAAAUGGACAAAUGUGUUGAUAUUACGUUCUAUGUGAGGGACAUAUUCGGCAACAAGGUGGACAUGGAGUUUGUGAAAUCCAUGAAGAGAGAGAUGGGUUUAAUAGAUCUAGCAGUGAAGAAUGAGAAAGUUGUGAAGCCAAACUCAGCACCUGCAGCGAAGCCCAGGUUUUCCAUUGGAGAUAUCUUCAAAUCUCAGAUUGAAAGGCUUUCACACAGUCUUGUGACUUACAUGUAAAUAAGUUGGUUCUCUAGGGUUCAUUCAUUUAGGGUU